AUGACCUAUGCAUCUCAUUCUUUUAAUAAUAUCUCAGAUGAUCGGUUUUCCUAUCGUUUUCAUCAAAGUCAACCUCGGAAGGUCAACCUUGCCUUGUACUACGAAACCCUCUGUCCAGAUUCUCAGUCCUUCAUUUUAGAUCAUCUUGUGCGCGUGUUUGACACAGAUCUGAAAUUUAUUGUUAACCUUCACUUGGUUCCAUUUGGCAAUGCUCGCAUCUUUCCGCACAACAAAACUGUGAAUUGCCAGCAUGGUUCUCUUGAGUGCUACUACAACACCAUAGAAGCAUGUGCUCUUAAAGUCUGGCCAUUGACACUGAAUUUCCCAUUCAUUCACUGUGUUGAGACCCGUUUGCACCAGAAAGACAAGGAUACAAAUGUGUGGCAACUUUGUGCUAACCAUCUCGGAUUGAACCCUGGAUCCAUUAAAAAAUGUUGUACAACUGGGCUUGGAAAUAAGUUGAUUCUGCACAAUGCUGAGGAAACUUCAAAACUGAAUCCUCCUCUGAAGUAUCUACCCUGGGUGACUGUGAAUGAUGAACCACUCUUCCGGGACUAUAACAAUGUCAUAAAUUAUAUCUGCAAUGCCUACAGAGGAAACCCCAAACCCAGUGCCUGCAAAACCACCUCAUCAAUUCCCCAAUCUCCUUCACUUUGUGAUCCGCCAAAUUUGGAAAAAUAAUAAUAUGUAGCCUUCAUUCAUUAAUUUAUCAAUGCACACUCAACACUUAUUUAUUGUUUUCAUUUUGUCAUAAUGAAAUGAUCAUUUGGCAUGAACCUCUCCCCCUUCAUGCAAGGGGUUGUGGAUUCAAUAAUGUCUGUAGGCCCUAAAUGGGUGGGGAUUUAAGUCAGAUGGGCAUGUGCGGGUUAAUCAGAUGUUGUGUGUUGUCUAUUGAGUAAGUGAAUGAUGCAUGUAUAUGAGACUCUAUUUUCUGUAGAGAAGAGUUAGAGAGGUUA